GCCCGCCUGAGGAGGGACCCCCGCGCCUCACCGCGGGGCCGCGGCCUCCCCGUCCCCGGGCCCCUCUCCGCGCCCGGCGGGGUCCGGCCGCCCAGCGCCCGCCUCGCCCUGCAGCUACCCCGGGGCGCCCGCCCCCUGCCCAGCCCGGGGCUCCUCCCCUGCCCUCAGGGCCGCGGCAGCCCCCGCUCCCCCUUUGUCACCGAAGCACAAAGGUCCUGAGCGGCCCGGGGAGGCGGCAGCUCCCUCCGCCCCGCCGUAAAACUCGGGCCCCGGUGGCGGGGAUCGGGGCAGAGUGUCACGCACGGCAGGAGCGGGCCCAGAGCUGGUCCCUGAGGACCCCGCUGUGUGCUUCGCCGUCGCCGAGACAGCUUCCCCGCCCUUCUGUUGAGUCUUCAAGCCCAGGAGGUUCAGCAACAUCUGAUGACCAUGAAUUUGAUCCAUCAGCUGAUAUGCUGGUGCAUGACUUUGAUGAUGAACGGACAUUAGAAGAGGAGGAAAUGAUGGAAGGAGAGACAAACUUCAGUUCUGAAAUAGAGGAUCUUAACAGGGAAAGCGAUAUGCCAAUCCAGGAGCUCCUUAGCCGUUAUGGCUAUGAUGGUACCAUUCCACUCCAAGAAGAUGAUGAUGAUGAAGAUGAUGAAGAAGAAGAGGAGGAGGGAGAAGAUGAUGAUGACGUCGAUAAUGAUGACAACAGUGGCUGUAGUGGUGAAAACAAAGAGGAGACCAUAAAAGAUUCAUCGGGUCAGGAAGACGAGACACAGUCCUCUAAUGAUGACCCAGCACCGUCUGUUGCUUCUCAAGACCCACAGGAGAUAAUUCGCCCUCGCCGAUGUAAAUAUUUUGAUACAAAUAGUGAAAUAGAAGAGGAGUCUGAAGAAGAUGAAGAUUAUAUUCCCUCAGAAGACUGGAAAAAGGAAAUCAUGGUGGGCUCUAUGUUUCAAGCUGAAAUUCCAGCCGGCACAUGCAAAUACAAAGAGAAUGAAAAAGUGUAUGAAAACGAUGACCAGCUGCUGUGGAAUCCUGACUUCUUACCUGAAGACAAAGUGAUCGAGUUCCUCACUGAAGCGUCGAGGCGUACGGGUGAUGAGAAAGGCCUAGAUGCAAUUCCUGAAGGAUCACAUAUUAAAGACAACGAGCAGGCUUUGUAUGAACUGGUGAAGUGCAAUUUUGAUACUGAAGAAUCAUUACGAAGGCUGAGAUUUAACGUAAAAGCAGCCAGAGAAGAAUUAUCCGUUUGGACAGAAGAGGAAUGUAGGAACUUUGAACAAGGACUGAAAGUCUAUGGCAAGGAUUUUCAUGUGAUUCAGGCAAAUAAGGUACGAACAAGAUCAGUUGGUGAGUGUGUAGCAUUUUAUUACAUGUGGAAGAAAUCAGAGCGUUAUGAUUUCUUUGCGCAGCAGACCCGGUUUGGAAAGAAGAAAUACAAUCUUCAUCCUGGUGUAACAGAUUAUAUGGACCGUCUCCUGGAUGAAAGUGAAAGUGCUACUUCCAGUAGAGCUCCGUCCCCUCCUCCUACGACUUCCAACAGCAGCACCAGCCAGUCAGAAAGGGAGGACAGCACAACCAGCAGCAGCAAUCAGAACGGGGUGUCUGCUAAUGGGCCAGGCGAGAUACCAAAUAAAGAUGAAGCAAAAAUGGAAGGAUUGCAUGUCAAUGGACCUACCAGCGGCAAGAAAACGCCUCACACGGAUCUGGAUACAAAUGGGUAUGAAACUGAAAACCUUUCCAUUGACCCAAAACUUGCUCAUUCAGCUUCAAGAAACGAAAAUGAUUUUGAAGAAAAAAACGAAAGACCUCUAAAAAGAAGAAGAAUUAACAGCAAUGGAAAAGAGAGUCCGGGUUCUUCAGAAUUCUUCCAAGAAGCAAACUCACACGGGAAGCUUGAUGAACUAGAAACUUUGGAUGACUGAAUACUAGGAGCUGAUUUUAUUCCUUGGAGUAAUUUUGGGUGUCUAAAAUUUUCAGGGUUGAUGGGUUACCUUACAAAAUCCAGUUCCGUAAAAACAAUCUGCUGAGAUUUUUUUUUUUUUCCUAAUACCUUCUAGUUGGCUCUUACGAUCUGAUUAUUUGGGUUGGUUUUUUUUUUCAGUGCUGAAAAGCAGUAGGAGAAUAUUCCGUUUCUCAGAGCUGGCAACUGCAGUUCUGGGAACUCUUAAGGCUCUUAAAAAUAGUUGAGAAACAAAUCAGUGAGUUUCCGCAAAAAUACUCCCAGCCUAAUACGUUAAAGGAAUUUCUGCGCCAUCUAAGCAUUGUACAAGUGAACAAAGCAUCCUAUUUGAAGCAGGGGGCUGGUUCAGACGCUGCAGGAAGGUCAAAUGAAAUACAGAACGGCAAGACGCGCAUCAGAGUAGGCACAGAGACCCCCCCACUCACGCUGGCGAGAGGAAAGUGUCGUCCCAUUGCUAAGGAACCCUUAUGAAUCCUGAAAGUUAUGAGCACAACUAUUUUUAUAUAUAGAAGUUUUAAAAGGUAAAUAAACCAGGUCAGGUUUGUAUAUGUAAAAUUGUUGACAUCAAUGAUGUCUUUCCAUAUUCUUUAUCUGGGCUAAAGAAAUACAUUCUGUAUUUUUCCAGAUUUCUUUGUAGCCUUUGAAAGAUUUUUACAGUACUUAUGUCUUGAUUGAACUGUCCUUUCUUAAAACGAAAGCUUGUAUAAUUUUCUUAACUUGUACAGUUGGUAAACUUUUAUGAGAAAAUUGAUAUCCUGAGUCUAAUGUCAGCUUCAUUUUAUUUUGCUGAAGUCUUUUCUAAAAAAAAAAAACCAACAAAAAAAAAAAACCCCGAACCAAAUCAAUCAACUUUUACUUAAAAAAAAUGCUUAUUAGUCACCAACACGUUAUUUUCUUCUCAGAAAACAGUUAACCUCGAGAAUGGUUAGAAGUAAUUUGAUUUUGAAAACGUGAGUUUUCUUCCUUCUGUUUUAUGGCAAAUAGUGAUGCUAAAAACGUGUUAAACACGAAGCUUGCGUUGCACAAUUUUUUUUCUCUCUCAUUAUCCAUUUUUCUCUUUAUAUUUUGAGCUCGGCUAAAUUUCACGUCAGCCAAAUGCUUAAGUUUUUACUGAACCUCGUUCGCCAGGAUCGGGUGAUAGCUUAUCCAGGGCUUUCUUUUCAGUCUCUCAUCUUCCGCAUUUCCCCGGGUGCAGGAAUUGGGGCAAGUGAUUCUGGGCCGUCCCAGACGUGCAGCCGGAAACCUGGUGCCUGAUCUUGAAUUUCUGAAAAUUAGCAGAAUGUCUAUGGAUGGGACUUUCAGUGGGAGCAGGACCAUCACACGCGCGUGCGUGGUGGAGCCCACACACGUAGAGACAUUCAUGUGUGUAAGAAGCGAGAGUGGGUACGGAGAACUAUUUUAAGUGCGAGAAACAAAAAUUCUUUAUAAAUGUGUGUGAGGGGGCGAUGCUCACGGUCCCACUAGCGUAAUUUGAACGUUGCUGAAGUAGGGUUUACAUCCAUGAAAUAGAAAGUCUUUUGGUUUAUUUUAUUUUUAAGCCACAGCUACACAUCUACUCAAUUAAAAAUAGGAAAAAUUGUUCAUUUGUAUAAUUUAUAACCUUAUCCCCUCCUCCUGUGGCUUACAGGUGUGGUGUUAAUUUUUAAUUGGGUAUUUUUACUUCCAAGUUUUUCUGAGUCUUCACGAUUCCCAUUUUAAAUGUACGGUCCUACGUUUUGAAACUGAUGUCGCAACCUAAAAAAACCCAACUGCUAAGGGGUUUCUUUGGUUUGUUUUCUUCGUGUACGUGGACUUUAUGGUCAUUAAUGAGCCAAAUCCUCUGGAUCCGGCCCGGCUCCAUCACGGUGAUGAGUUACUGGAGCCUGUGAACCUGCUGUUCCCAGAAAUGUUGGGAAUGAUCCGUUCUACCGGGCUCAGCUGCCGUCUGCCUAGAAUUAGACAGCAAUUUACCUGGAGAGGCACAUCAGCGAGGUUUGUUAACGUAUGGCCUGCGUUAAUCAAUUAAUUAAUUGAUUAGGAAGAGGCUGCUGUUAAUUUUACAAUCUGGUUUGUUAACGGAAACCCAAAGUAUCGCAGCCUUUUAUCAAGGAUGGUCUCGAGACGGUUCCGGGCUGAGGGUGGUGCAGUUCUUCUGCGAGUCCUAUUUUCAGUUUUAUUUUUUUGUGCAUCUUUUGUUUGCGAGUUGGAAAUACUUCCAAAACUUUAUAAGAAAAUUCCUAAGUAAAAUUGUCUCAGGCUUGUGUGUGAAA